GGAGGCUGGGCGGGCGGCGCCGAGAAACAACGGCUGCGGCCGCGGCGGGAGCCGGAGACGCCGAGCAGCCGCCGCCGCCGCCGCGCCGCCCUCAGCGGUCCCGGCCGUUCGUCUGGGCGUCCUCCGCGGAUCGCGGGUCCGGUGGCCGAGCCCAUGCAGCCGCGCAGCGAGCGCCCGGCCGGCAGAACGCAGAGCCCGGAGCACGGCAGCCCGGGGCCGGGGCCCGAGGCGCCGCCGCCGCCGCCGCCGCCGCCGCAGCCGCCCGCCACCGAGGCCGAGCGUGCACGGGCCCGGCAGACCCGGCCCACAGCCCCCAUGGAGGGCAUGCAGCUGCUGAGCCGGGAGGGCCACACCGUGUCCCACAACUCCAAGCGGCACUACCAUGAUGCCUUCGUUGCCAUGAGCCGCAUGCGACAGCGUGGCCUCCUGUGUGACAUCGUUUUGCACGUGGCCGCCAAGGAGAUCCGAGCUCACAAGGUGGUGCUGGCCUCCUGCAGCCCCUACUUCCACGCCAUGUUCACAAAUGAGAUGAGCGAGAGCCGCCAGACCCACGUGACGUUGCAUGACAUCGACCCUCAGGCCUUGGACCAACUGGUGCAGUUUGCAUACACGGCUGAGAUUGUGGUGGGCGAGGGCAACGUGCAGACUCUGCUCCCUGCUGCCAGCCUUCUGCAGCUGAAUGGCGUCCGUGACGCCUGCUGCAAGUUCCUGCUGAGUCAGCUUGACCCCUCCAACUGCCUGGGCAUCCGGGGCUUUGCCGACACACACUCGUGCAGCGACCUGCUCAAGGCAGCACACAGGUACGUGCUGCAGCACUUCGUGGACGUGGCCAAGACCGAGGAGUUCAUGCUGUUGCCACUAAAGCAGGCAUCAUCAGGGCUCCGUGGGCCCCCAAGACCCUCCCCAGAUUUCAGGUCUGAGGGUCCCUACCCCCAGGUGCUGGAACUGGUCUCUAGUGACAGCCUGAACGUGCCUUCAGAGGAAGACGUCUACCGUGCCGUCCUGAGCUGGGUCAAGCACGACGUGGAUGCUCGGAGGCAGCACGUCCCGCGGCUGAUGAAGUGUGUGCGUCUGCCCCUGCUGAGCCGGGACUUCCUCCUGGGCCAUGUGGAUGCUGAGAGCUUGGUGAGGCACCACCCUGACUGCAAGGACCUGCUCAUCGAGGCCCUCAAGUUCCACCUGCUGCCAGAGCAGAGAGGUGUCCUGGGCACAAGCCGCACUCGGCCCCGACGCUGUGAGGGUGCCGGCCCUGUGCUCUUCGCUGUGGGUGGCGGGAGCCUGUUCGCCAUCCAUGGCGACUGUGAGGCCUACGACACACGCACAGACCGUUGGCAUGUGGUGGCCUCCAUGUCCACACGCCGAGCCCGAGUGGGCGUGGCGGCAGUCGGGAACCGGUUGUACGCAGUGGGCGGUUACGACGGGACUUCAGAUCUGGCCACCGUAGAGUCGUACGACCCUGUGACCAACACCUGGCAGCCCGAGGUGUCCAUGGGCACGAGGCGCAGCUGCCUGGGUGUGGCUACCCUGCACGGGCUCCUGUACGCAGCCGGCGGCUACGAUGGGGCCUCGUGCCUCAACAGCGGUCCUGUUGUCCACAGUGCCGAGCGCUAUGACCCCCUGACGGGAACGUGGACGUCCAUCGCCGCCAUGAGCACCCGCAGACGAUAUGUCCGUGUUGCUAUGCUUGAUGGCAACCUAUAUGCAGUGGGCGGUUACGACAGCUCCUCACACCUGGCCACUGUGGAGAAGUAUGAGCCCCAGGCGAACACGUGGACGCCGGUGGCCUCCAUGCUGAGCCGGCGCAGCUCGGCCGGCGUGGCGGUGCUGGAGGGAGCGCUCUACGUGGCUGGCGGCAACGACGGCACCAGCUGCCUCAACUCUGUGGAGAGAUACAGUCCCAAGGCGGGUGCCUGGGAGAGUGUGGCGCCCAUGAACAUCCGAAGGUGUGCUGUGACACAGCCCGGGGGGGCCCCUGUCCCCCCACAGCCUGUUGGCCCCCUCAGAGACACCCUGUGCGGAGCACCCACGACCUGGUGGCCAUGGACGGCUGGCUGUAUGCCGUGGGGGGCAACGACGGCAGCUCCAGCCUCAACUCCAUCGAGAAGUACAACCCGAGGACCAACAAGUGGGUGUCUGCGUCCUGCAUGUUCACGCGGCGCAGCAGCGUGGGCGUGGCCGUGCUGGAGCUGCUCAACUUCCCGCCCCCAUCCUCGCCCACACUGUCCGUGUCGUCCACCAGCCUCUGACCCACGCGGGACUCGCAGAGGCUUGCCCACAGCCUCCCACAUGCCUUAAGCCCCACAGGGGGCCCAGCGCCUCCCUGCCCUCACCCGUGCAUCGGGGUUGGGCUCCCCACCAAGGACGUCCUGUACCGUCUGUCCACGUGUCCGUGUCCAUUUAUGUAUGUGUGUUUAUUUAUGCGUGCGUUAAUUUAUUCAGUAUUUAUUGAUGAGAGUAGUGCCACAGCUACCAGUUCAUACGAUUGCUCUGGAAAUUUCUGUGUCUCUGGGACCAGGAUGCCAUUCGGGUGUCCUCCGGCCUCACUGGGGGUGGACACUCAAGGGAUGUGGGUCAGGGCCAACUCGGAUUCUGCAGACCUGGGGGGACCCAGGGGUAGAUGCAGAACAGUGGGUGGGUGGGGGGGCCUUCUGAGCAGGUGCAGACCCCCAGCCUCCGCUUUGCACAGGCCCUGGCCUCACAGGGCAAGGCGUGCUGCAGGAGGCCUGCGGGGGAGGGGCUUCCUGCCUGUGGGCGUGGUGUCUCCAGGACCCUGCACUGAGCUGGCACCGCGAGUGCCACAGACCCCUCAGCAAUAUGAGCUGCCUUGGACAAUAAACGUGUUCCUUGGGCUCUG